GGGUGUAAGGUAACUUGUAUCAUAUUCUGUUUCAUCUCCUCUUCUCUUUGCAUUGUCUUUCUUUAUCCUUGUUUUUGGUAUCUGGUUUGAUAAUCAUGGCUGUUGGUGAGGUUUUUCUCUCUGCUUUCCUUCCAGUGCUGUUUGACAGAUUGGCUUCCCGUGAGUUCAUAGACUUACUACGCUUCCGGAAGUUUGAUGACUUGCUGGAAAAGCUGAAGAUCACAUUGCUGACUGUUACAGCAUUGCUUAAUGAUGCUGAGGAGAAGCAAUUCCAUAGCCCUGCAGUGGAGAAGUGGCUGCACAUGGCUAAAGAUGCUCUUUAUGAUGCAGAGGACAUAUUGGAUGAGCUUGCUACUGAAACUUUGAGGUAUAAGCUAGAAGCUGAAUCUAAGGCUGGCCCAAAUCAGGUAUGGAACUGGAACCUUAUCUCCUCCCCUUGUAGCACUCCAUCUAGUAGAGGGAUAGAGUCAAAAUUGAAAAAAGUUAUUGAGAAGUUAGAAUUGAUUGCCAAAUAUAAAGAUGUUCUUGGUUUAAAAGACAAUGUUGGGGGAAGAUCAUUUGGGUUUAAACAAAGAUUGCCAACAACUUCAUUGGUAGAUGAAACCUGUGUUUAUGGCAGGGAUCAUGAUAAAGAUUUGAUAAUUGAGCAGCUACUAAGGGAUGCACCAAGCAGUAAAAUUGGUGUAGUUCCUAUAGUUGGUAUGGCAGGUAUUGGUAAGACAACUCUUGCUCAAAUUGUUUACAACAACGACAGAGUAGAGAAGCAUUUUCAUUUAAGAAUUUGGGUCUGUGUGUCUGAUCAGUUUGAUGUAGUGAGGGUAACAAAAACAAUUCUUAGGUCAGUCACUUUGAAACACACCGAUCUCAAUGACUUAAAUCUGCUUCAAGUUAGUUUGAAAGAAAAAUUGGUUGCGAAGAGAUUUUUGCUUGUUUUAGAUGAUGUUUGGAACAAGAGAAAUAAUGAUUGGGAUCUAUUAUGGAAUCCAUUAAAAACGGGGGCCAAAGGAAGUAAAAUAUUAGUAACAACACGCAAUAAGGAUGUUGCAUCGAGCAUGGGGACAGUUCCUGCUCAUCAUUUGAGAGUUUUGUCAUUUGAAGAUUGCUGGUUAUUGUUCAGGAGCCAAGCAUUUGAGAACAUAAACAAUGAAGUUUACCCAAAUUUGGAGACAAUUGGUAGAAAGGUUGUGGAGAAGUGUGAAGGCUUGCCCUUAGCAGCUAAGAGACUGGGAAUCCUGUUGCGCUCCAGACAAGAAGAGAACGAAUGGAAAGACAUAUUGAACAGGAAAAUAUGGGAUCUACCGGAUGAUGAAAGUGAUAUUCUUCAGAGUCUAAGGCUAAGCUAUCAUCACCUUCUUGCACAUUUGAAGCAAUGUUUUGCAUACUGUUCUAUAUUCCCUACGGAAUAUGAAUUUGACAAGGACACACUAGUUUUGUUAUGGAUGGCAGAAGGAUUUGUGCAGCAACCUAAGGCUAAGAAAAGAGUGGAAGAAGUGGGUGGAGAAUAUUUUCAGGAGCUAGUAUCAAGGUCAUUCUUUCAAGUAUCUAUCAACAAUAAAUCACAAUAUGUAAUGCAUGGCCUCAUUAGAGAUUUAGCUCAUUUUGUUUCUGGAGAAUUUUGUUUCAGAUUGGGGGAUAGGCUGAAGGAUGGUAAUCAAAACAGAAUUUUUGAGAAGGCUCGUCAUUCCUCAUACAUUCGUGGCAGACGUGAUGUGCUCUCAAAAUUUGAGCCCUUUCAUGGAGUUGAAUGCUUGCGCACCUUCCUACCCUUAGAUCCAACAGGCCUGAUUGGAAUCAGCUAUUUGGCUAAUAAAGUCCCUAGAGAUCUCUUGCCAAAAUUAACAUAUCUACGAGUGUUGUCAUUUAAUGCUUGUCGCAUCACUCAAUUGCCAGAUUCCAUAGGUGACUUGAAACAUCUACGCUACCUGGACCUUUCUCAUACGGCAAUUCAAAGUUUACCUGACUCCACAGGUACUCUUUGCAAUUUACAGACAUUGAUCCUAUUGAAUUGUCGGUCUCUCACUAAGUUGCCUGCAGAAAUGGGGAGCCUAACAAACUUACGACAUCUCCGUAUUAGUGGAAGCAGGUUAAAAGAGAUGCCACAGCAAAUUUGUAGAUUGAAGAAUCUCCAGUCUUUGUCUACUUUUGUUGUGGGUAAAGAUGUUGAGUCAGGAAUUAGAGACUUGGGGAACAUGCUGCAACUUCAAGGAUCACUUCUGAUUUCAGGACUGAAAAAUGUUGUCAGCUUUACUGAUGCAAUGGAGGCUAAUCUGAAAAAUAAGAAAGAACUUGAUCAAUUGGUAUUACAAUGGAGUACCAGCUUGGGAGAUCCAAUUAAUACUGUGGAUGAAGAAGUAUCACACAAGCCACAAGUUCUGAGACUUCUGAAAGAUCUUAGCCUUGGAGGCUAUAGUCGUAAAAGAUUUCCAAGCUUUAGGGAAACCAUGAAAGCUUAUGAACAAGAACCUAUCAAGCAAACAUUGGAACGGAGCUACAGUUUAGAUGAUUCAAGAAAUGAAACAGUUGAAACGGAUGUUCUUGAGAUGUUGCAACCACACAAAAACAUGAAGGAAAUCAUAAUCAAGGACUUUGGAGGUACAAAAUUCCCAAGUUGGAUUGGAUCCCCUUUGUUCUCUAAUCUGAUUCUUGUGAGACUUAGUAAUUGUAGAAAUUGUAGUUCUCUGCCACCACUUGGGCAACUACCCUCUCUCAAAAACCUCACAGUGGAAGGAAUGGAUAGAAUAAAAAGAAUAGGGAUUGAGUUCUGCGGGGAUGGGUGUUCUUCUGCUAUGCCUUUUCCAUCCUUGGAGACUUUGAAGUUUGACAGCAUGUUACAAUGGGAGGAGUGGUCUUCUUCUGGAGUUGAAGGUAGGGAGGACUUCAAUAACCUGCAAAAUAUUGAGAUUCGCAACUGUCCUAAGCUAACAAAAUUGCCUCACCACUUUCCUGGAUUGAAAAGAAUGAGUAUUAAGGGGUGUGAAGAAUUGGAAACUCUACCAAGUGUUUUGACUGUUGAUGAUAGCUUAGAACAAGGCAGAGAAUUCCCAUGCCUUCUUGAGCUUUCUAUGUUGGCAUGUCCCAACUUGAGAGAACUACCUCAUCUCUUUCCUUCCUUGGCAAUGCUUGAAUUAGAUGGAUGCCAAGAAUUGUUAGAACUUCCAAGGCUUCCUUCAAUCCAUGAACUAGAAGUAAAUAAGUUUAAUGACAGGGUGUUACGAAGUAUAGCUAAGCUUACCUCGCUUACCUACUUGCGUAUGUGUCAUAUAUCCAAGAUCAAAUGUUUGCUUGAAGAGUGUUUUCAAAAGUUAACAACUCUUGAAGAAUUACGGAUAACUCAUCUUAACGAACUGAAAACUUUAUCCAAUGAAAUUGGAUUGCAAAAUCUCCAAUGCCUUCAACGAUUGGAGAUUUCAGGAUGUCCAUUAUUAAUAGAGUUGCCACAAAGGUUAUACGAACUUUCAUCUUUGAAGGAGUUGAGGGUCUCAGAAUGUCCCUCGCUUGUGUCCUUUCCUGAAACAAGCUUACCUUCAAUGCUCAUAGGCCUUGAGAUCAUAGAUUGUGAGGCUUUGCAAGUCCUACCUGGGUGGAGAAUGCAUAACAAUGAGAAGGCAUCUCUUUUACUUGAAUACUUGGUAAUUGAAGGUUGUUCUUCUCUCACAUCUUUACCAAGAGGCCAAUUGCCAAGCACGCUAAAACAACUUGAAAUCCAUAACUGCAUGAAUUUGGAGUCAGUUCCAGAGCAGAUGAUUCAUAACGAUAUUUGUCUUGAAUUCUUUAUGAUUUCAUUGUGCCAUUCUGUUACCUCCUUCUCAGAAAGUACAUUUGUGCUUUCCACAGUCACAUCCAGCACUGCCAUGAACCUGAAGGAGCUCAUUAUCAACAGUUGUUCAAACCUCAAGUCAUUACCUAGAGUCCUACACAACCACACGAAUCUCGAUUACUUGGAAAUAGUUGAGUGCCCAUUGCUUCUGUCUUUUCCAGAACCUGGCUUGCCACCCUUGCUCCGAUCAAUGAUCUCAAAUUGCAGUAGUCUCAAGUCCCUACCAAAUCAGAUGUACAGACUCACAUCUCUUCAAGAACUGCACAUAGAUGGUUGCUCAAGUCUUUUUUCAUUUCCCGAGGGGGGUUUACCAUCCAAUCUGUUGUCACUUUCAAUCUUAGACUGCGAGAAUCUCAAGCCUUCAUAUGAGUGGGGGCUGCACAGACUAACUACUCUCAUGGACUUCUCUUUUGGUGGAUGUCAGGGGUUAGUAUCAUUUCCUGAGAAGUGGUUGCUGCCCACCAGUUUAUCCUCUCUUUGUCUUCAACGACUGCCAAAUCUUGAAUCCCUGCCCAAGGGACUGCAAAACCUCACCUCUCUCGAUAAUCUGGACAUAUGGGAAUGUGACAGGCUUCAAAGCUUGCCAGACAGCUCAAAUAGUUCAGAAUUUGAAAUUUUGGGAUGCCCUUUGAUAUACAUUUAGUUGAGAAACAAAAAGUUCCAUCUACAUGCAUUUGAGUAGUCAUUGUUUUGCUAUCUAUCAUCUUCCUAUAGUAUUUCAUGAACCAGCCAAAGAUUCCCAUACUUGUAAGAAGAAUGCCUGGCCUGCCUACUUGCUAUGGUGUGUUACUUUGACCCAAGAUAAUCCAAUAGCUUGCAAAGCCUCCGUCAAAGAAUAUUACUGGUUCUUGCUGUGCUCUCAGAAAUAAGAUGAAAAAACAACCAGUGAGUUCUUGAUUGUGAGACUUCUACUUACUUGACACCAGUGCAGUGGUAACAAUUCAGUGUAUUUAUUUAUCAACAAUUGAUUGUGAGCUACACUAUUUUUUGCAGUUAUUUUUUUUCCCAAUCAACAAUUGCAAUUUCUAUUCA